CCGGCGGGGCUGAGGCGGCGGGCUGAGGCGCGGCGGCGGCGGAGCCCCGGGCAGAGGCCGAGGCGGCGGCGCGGAAGGGAGGCGGAGCGGCCGGAGCGGCGGCGAGGGGCGCCGGGCCCCCGCGGACCUGUCGUCCUCGCCCGGCCGGCCCGGCCCCGCGCGGCUGAGGAGGCGCGGCCGGGACCAUGUCGGGCGGUCGCGACGAGGAGCGGCGGAAGCUGGCCGACAUCAUCCACCACUGGAACGCCAACCGGCUGGACCUGUUCGAGAUCAGCCAGCCGACCGAGGAUUUGGAGUUCCAUGGAGUGAUGAGAUUUUAUUUUCAAGAUAAAGCUGCUGGAAACUUUGCAACAAAAUGUAUUCGGGUCUCUAGUACUGCCACUACCCAAGAUGUGAUUGAAACUCUCGCGGAGAAAUUCCGACCUGAUAUGCGAAUGCUGUCUUCUCCCAAGUAUUCCCUCUAUGAAGUGCAUGUCAGUGGAGAAGAAAGAAGAUUGGAUAUAGAAGAGAAGCCUCUAGUUGUGCAAUUGAAUUGGAACAAAGAUGAUCGAGAGGGCAGAUUUGUUCUCAAGAAUGAGAACGAUGCCCUUCCCCCUAAGAAGGCUCAAAGUAAUGGACCUGACAAGCAAGAAAAAGAAGGUGUUAUCCAGAAUUUCAAGAGGACACUUUCAAAGAAAGAAAAGAAGGAAAAAAAGAAGAGAGAAAAAGAGGCUUUGCGACAGGCAUCUGAUAAAGACGAUAGACCUUUCCAAGGGGAUGACAUUGAGAAUUCUCGACUGGCUGCUGAAGUCUACAAAGAUAUGCCUGAAACCAGCUUUACGCGAACAAUUUCUAAUCCUGAAGUAGUCAUGAAACGGCGGCGGCAACAAAAAUUAGAAAAGAGAAUGCAGGAAUUUCGGAGCUCAGAUGGGCGGCCUGAUUCAGGUGGAACAUUGAGAAUUUAUGCAGAUAGUUUAAAACCAAAUAUUCCCUACAAGACAAUCCUGCUGUCUACUACGGAUCCUGCAGACUUUGCUGUGGCUGAGGCUUUAGAGAAAUAUGGUCUGGAGAAAGAAAACCCUAAGGAUUACUGUAUUGCUCGGGUCAUGCUUCCUCCCGGGUCUCAGCAUUCUGAUGAGAAAGGUGCUAAAGAGGCCAUCCUUGAUGACGAUGAGUGUCCCUUACAGAUCUUCAGGGAAUGGCCCAGUGACAAAGGGAUUCUAGUCUUUCAAUUGAAGAGGAGGCCACCAGAUUACAUCCCAAAGAAAACAAAGAAACAUCUGGAAGGGAAGCAGCUGAAAGGGAAGGAGAGAGCUGAUGCUGCUGGCUAUGGCUCUGCCCUUCCCCCUGAGAAACUGCCGUAUUUAGUGGAGUUAAGCCCAGAUGGCUCUGACUCCAGAGAUAAGCCAAAGCUCUACCGCCUCCAGUUAAGUGUGACUGAAGUUGGGACAGAAAAGUUGGAUGACAGCUCUAUCCAGUUAUUUGGUCCAGGAAUUCAGCCCCAUCACUGUGACCUCACCAACAUGGAUGGAGUGGUCACCGUGACACCUAGAAGUGUGGAUGCUGAAACCUACGUGGAGGGCCAGCGCAUCUCAGAGACCACCAUGCUGCAGAGUGGCAUGAAAGUGCAGUUUGGGGCCUCUCAUGUGUUCAAGUUUGUGGACCCCAGCCAGGAUCAUGCUCUCACCAAAAGAUCUGUGGAUGGAGGCCUGAUGGUUAAGGGUCCAAGACAUAAACCUGGAAUUGUUCAGGAGACAACUUUUGAUUUAGGAGGAGAUAUUCAUAGUGGGACAGCAUUGCCAACAAGCAAGAGCACCACUAGGCUGGACAGCGACAGAGCACCGUCUGCCUCCAGCACGGCUGAGCGAGGGAUGGUGAAGCCGAUGAUCAGAGCAGAGCAGCAGCCAGACUAUCGCAGGCAAGAAAGCAGAACACAGGAUGCUUCUGGGCCUGAACUGAUAUUACCUGCAAGCAUUGAAUUCAGAGAAAGUUCUGAAGAUUCAUUUUUAUCUGCCAUUAUAAAUUAUACUAAUAGCUCUACAGUCCAUUUUAAGUUGUCCCCUACAUAUGUAUUAUACAUGGCAUGCCGGUAUGUAUUGUCCAGCCAGUACAGACCGGAUAUCAGUUCUGCAGAACGCACUCACAAAGUCAUUGCCGUAGUCAACAAGAUGGUGAGCAUGAUGGAAGGAGUCAUCCAGGAAGUAGACCAGGUUGACCAGAAACAGAAGAAUAUUGCGGGGGCACUUGCCUUCUGGAUGGCAAAUGCAUCUGAACUUCUCAACUUCAUUAAGCAGGACCGAGACCUUAGUCGAAUCACAUUGGAUGCCCAAGAUGUUUUAGCACACUUGGUUCAAAUGGCGUUUAAAUACUUGGUUCACUGUCUUCAAUCAGAACUUAAUAAUUACAUGCCAGCCUUUCUAGAUGAUCCUGAAGAGAACAGUCUGCAAAGACCAAAAAUAGAUGAUGUGCUGCACACGCUCACGGGAGCCAUGUCCUUGCUGCGCCGCUGCAGAGUCAAUGCUGCCCUGACCAUCCAGCUCUUCUCUCAGCUGUUCCACUUCAUCAAUAUGUGGCUGUUCAACAGAUUGGUGACUGACCCGGAUUCAGGGUUAUGUUCUCAUUACUGGGGAGCAAUUAUCCGCCAGCAGUUGGGACAUAUUGAAGCAUGGGCAGAGAAGCAGGGCCUGGAGCUGGCUGCUGAUUGUCACCUGAGCAGGAUUGUGCAGGCAACCACUUUGCUUACCAUGGAUAAGUAUGCACCUGAUGACAUUCCAAAUAUAAAUAGCACCUGCUUUAAGUUAAAUUCAUUACAACUUCAAGCCUUAUUACAAAAUUAUCACUGUGCACCUGAUGAGCCUUUUAUCCCGACGGAUCUUAUAGAAAACGUGGUGGCUGUCGCCGAGAAUACUGCUGACGAGCUGGCCCGCAGUGACGGGAGGGAGGUGCAGCUGGAGGAGGACCCUGACCUGCAGCUUCCUUUUCUUUUGCCAGAAGAUGGCUAUUCUUGUGAUGUUGUCAGAAACAUUCCAAAUGGUUUACAAGAAUUUUUAGAGCCUCUGUGCCAAAGAGGAUUUUGCAGGUUAAUUCCUCACACACGUUCGCCAGGUACUUGGACCAUAUAUUUUGAAGGUGCAGAUUAUGAAAGUCACUUUCUGCGUGAGAACACAGAACUGGCUCAACCUCUGAGGAAAGAACCUGAAAUAAUCACAGUGACCCUAAAAAAACAGAAUGGAAUGGGCCUCAGCAUUGUCGCAGCCAAGGGUGCUGGCCAGGAUAAACUGGGGAUCUACGUCAAGUCUGUGGUGAAAGGAGGUGCUGCAGAUGUGGAUGGACGACUAGCUGCAGGUGAUCAGCUGCUCAGUGUGGAUGGACGAAGUCUGGUUGGACUCUCACAGGAAAGGGCAGCAGAACUUAUGACAAGAACCAGCUCUGUGGUGACACUCGAAGUGGCAAAGCAAGGCGCCAUCUACCACGGCCUAGCUACCCUCCUCAACCAACCGUCCCCCAUGAUGCAGAGAAUGUCAGAUCGCCGUGGCUCAGGUAAACCCCGACCAAAGAGUGAAGGUUUUGAGCUCUACAAUAAUUCAGCUCAAAAUGGGUCUCCCGAAAGUCCUCAGCUGCCUUGGGCAGAAUACAGUGAACCAAAGAAAUUGCCUGGUGAUGACAGACUGAUGAAAAACAGAGCUGACCAUCGCUCUAGCCCCAAUGUGGCAAAUCAGCCCCCCAGUCCUGGAGGGAAAAGUUCAUAUGCUUCUGGAACAACAGCAAAGAUAACAUCCGUCUCUACUGGAAACCUCUGCACUGAGGAGCAGACUCCUUCUCCUAGACCUGAAGCCUACCCCAUCCCCACUCAGACAUACACCAGAGAGUAUUUUACCUUCCCAGCUUCCAAAUCCCAGGAUCGGAUGGGACCUUCUCAGAACCAGUGGCCAAAUUAUGAGGAAAAGCCACCUGUGCACACAGACAGUAAUCAUUCCAGUAUUACAACUCAGCGUGUUACCCGUUCCCAAGAAGAACUUCGGGAAGAUAAAGUUUACCAACUUGAGCGGCAUCACAUGGAGGUGGCAACGGAUCGAAAGUCUGACAGUGACAUGUGGAUCAAUCAGAGUUCAUCACUGGACUCUAGUACAUCCAGCCAGGAGCAUCUGAACCAUUCCUCUAAGUCGGUGACCCCUGCUUCCACGCUGACUAAGAGUGGCCCUGGCAGAUGGAAAACACCAGCCGCUGUUCCGCCCACUCCAGUGGCCUCCUCUCAGCCUGUCCGGACGGACCUGCCUCCGCCACCCCCUCCGCCUCCUACCCACUAUGCCAGUGAUUUUGAUGGAAUCCCCAUGGAUUUGCCUCUCCCACCCCCUCCUUCUGCCAACCAGAUAGGACUGCAGUCUGCACAGGUGGCAGCUGCAGAACGGAAAAAGAGAGAAGAGCAUCAGCGGUGGUACGAGAAGGAGAAGGCACGCUUGGAGGAGGAGCGGGAGCGGAAGCGCAGGGAACAGGAACGGAAGCUGGGCCAGAUGCGCUCUCAGGCCCUCAACCCUGCCCCCUUCUCUCCCCUAACCACGCCACAGAUGAAGCCAGAGAAGCCCUCCACACUGCAGAGGCCCCAGGAAACGGUCAUUCGGGAACUGCAGCCACAGCAGCAGCCCCGCACAAUCGAGCGCAGGGACUUGCAAUACAUUACGGUCAGCAGGGAGGAGCUGUCCUCUGGGGAUAGUCUGUCUCCAGACCCCUGGAAGCGGGAUGCCAAGGAGAAGCUAGAGAAGCAGCAGCAGAUGCACAUCGUGGACAUGCUGAGCAAGGAGAUCCAGGAGCUCCAGAACAAGCCAGACCGCAGCGCCGAGGAGAGUGACCGCCUGCGGAAGCUCAUGCUGGAGUGGCAGUUCCAGAAGAGGCUCCAGGAGUCGAAGCAGAAGGACGAGGAUGACGAGGAAGAGGAGGAUGACGAUGUGGACACCAUGCUGAUCAUGCAACGCCUGGAGGCUGAGCGAAGAGCCAGGCAGACUGCUAUGCCAGCAAUCUCUGUUCUAGAUUUGUUGCAGGACGAGGAACGGAGACGCCAGCAGCAGUUAGAAGAGAUGCGUAAACGAGAAGCCGAGGACCGUGCCCGGCAGGAGGAGGAGCGGCGGCGGCAGGAAGAGGAGCGAGUAAAGCGAGAUGCUGAAGAAAAGAGGCGACAGGAAGAAGGGUAUUACAGCCGCCUGGAGGCCGAGAGGCGCAGACAGCACGAUGAAGCAGCACGCAGGUUGCUGGAGCCCGAGGAGCCUGCUCUGUGCCGCCCUCCACUUCCUCGGGACUACGAACCCCCAUCCCCAUCCCCUGCGCCCAGCGCCCCUCCUCCCCCGCCUCAGCGAAAUGCCUCCUACCUCAAAACACAAGUCCUCUCCCCUGACUCGCUGUUCACUGCCAAGUUUGUUGCAUACAAUGAGGAGGAGGAGGUGGAGGACUGCAGCCUAGCAGGUCAGGAUAAGUACUCCAGCACCAGGAAGUCUCAUGGGGACCUUCUCUCUGCCUCCCUUAAGCCACAACCGCCCCCCUGCCUGCUGCGCCCAGCCUCCGUUGGCUUCUCUCUCUCCAACUCCUUCCAGCCACCCUCAGCCAAAGCCAACAGUACUGCUCACAAAAAAGGCCAGCCCCUGCCCCCUCCAAACAAACCAGGCUACUACCGUCCCAGCCAGUGCACAGGGCCAAACUCUUACAUGGGAUCUACUGGAACUACUGGCACCCACGAGGCUUCCUGGGACCCACGAGAGAAGCGCUCUAAAAGCCAAGAUGCAGAUUUACCUGGAAGUUCUGGAGCCCCUGAAAACUUGACGUUCAAAGAGCGUCAGCGUCUUUUUUCACAAGGUCAAGAUGUGUCCAAUAAAGUGAAAGCUUCUCGUAAAUUGACAGAACUGGAAAACGAGCUGAACACAAAAUGAAAAAUAGGAGUAGGGCACCUUGUGUUUACCCAAAAUUUCUCUCAGUUGUGGAUUUUAGGUGUGAGUUUGAAGAGGAAAAGGGAAAAUUCUAUUUCUAAGUGAUUUAUAAUUUCUGUUUCUAAGAUGUAUGGAAUUUAAAAGAUGCUCCAAUUUCAAGAAAUUUUAUUUUACUUUAUCAAGUGAUUGUCAUUUAUGUAAUUCUCAAACCUGUUUCAUUUCUUCGUUAUCUGACUCACAUGGAGAAAACUCUGUUUAGGAGUCUUGAAUUCAAAGGGGACAGAGUGAAGGGUGGGGGUAGAUAAUGGACUGUAUCUUCUCUCUUUAUUUCCCCCCAUGAUCAUCCUAGGAGCACAGACAAAGAAGCUUGAUUUCUGUUCUUUUUCAGAAACUUAGUUAUCAAGCAGAAUAGCUUGACCUACUCUAUUGUUUGCACUACUUGGCAAGAACCACACAUCCUGUGCAGGAGAGAGCACCUGAGCUGCAUCGCCUCCCUGUCCAUGGAGGCCUUUGUAGUCUGUGUGGGCAGGAUGGACGGAGCUACCUGUGGGCCGGCUGGCCACGCCUGAGAAUUGCCAUCUCAUUUCUCACAAGUCUGAGCCCUCCCGAUCAGUUCUACAUAAUCUGAUUUUUAAAAAUCUGAAUGAAGAAAAUUUUAAGGAUUUAAGCAUAGGGGAUUUUAUUUUUAUAAAUACCAGAUUAUUGUUAGACUUAAUAAAACAUUGGUGAAUUUAAAGACGACAGCUGCGUUAGAAACUCCAAGGGCUCUCUGAAAGAGGAUGUCUCUGGCUGAGCAUUGCUGGUGUGACUAGGAGCAAAAGUAUCUGAGGGCAGGAGAUUGGUAGGGGACACUUGAGCACACCUGUCCCUCAGACUUCAAAUUGGAAGAAAAUCUGCACUGAUACGCUGUCGGGGAGAGGGAGAGAUUCAGUUCCAUGUGACAUGUGUAAUUUAAGUAUUGUAAGAGUAACUCAUGGCAGUUCAUGCUAUUUUUUUUUACAGCAUAAUAGAGUAAUUUUAAUUUGCUGAAUUAUUACCAUCACUUCUUCAGCUAUGGACCUCUGGUUGAUGUUGGGGAGAUGGGCCUCCAUUUGUCUUAUAUUGUGUGAUGUGAAGAUGAUAAAUUACCUGUGAUUAUAAGAAGAUUUUCUAUUUGACACAGCCCUAAGGUGGGAUCCAGGAGUUUUUUGUUCUCUUACAAAUAUGUAUGUUAGGAAAAUAUGCACACUUUCAAAGAAAAGAAUAGACCCUUUUGCUACUUUAGAAAUCACUUUUAUUAAGAGUUGUAUGAUAAAUCAUUAAAAAUACAAGUGUAAAUAUUUUUUUAUGUCUGUCAGGGUUAUUAUUUGGAAGUGUGCUUUUACCAUUGUUCUAUAUCAGACAGUAACAUACGGGGCCGUGACAAAGGACUGGCCUGCUCCAGCAGUGCUGGGGAAGCAGGCUUCUCCCAGGUGUCUUGAGAAGCACUGGCGGCCUUAAGGUGACAAAAAUCCACGCUUUCCCUGAAGAAAAGAGAUGCAAAUGAAUUACUUUUCUGUUAAUAUAUACAAAAACAAAUACACAUAAGUACAUACAAAUACAUGUAAAUAUCUGUGUACAGGGAUACUUGUACGUGUGGUUGUAAAACCCAUAAACAAGUGGAUUUGGCCAUCUUUGAACAGUUAGGACAAAUGUGAAUAUGUGUAAAAGCGCUUUUCAUAACUAAUUAUAGAAAAUCAUCAAAACUGCUGUACUUUCCCAUUUCUACUGUAUUUCAGUUGCAACCUAUUUUUAAUAAACUUUGUAUGUAUUUAAGUGUAUUUGCUAUUAUUUUGAAAGUGCUGACAAAAGUUUAUAUUUGUAACAUCAGCCUUCCUCUCCCUGUCUUUUUCUCAUCUGUGCACUCAUCAUUAAACAUUUUCUGAGUAU